GGCAGGCCAAUCRCAGUCAGGAUGGAAGGGCAGUCUUUGGUCUGGAUCAACAAUAUCACUACAGACCGACUGAACACCUCGUUCAAAAUCAACGCCACAAAUUUAAGUGAAAACCCUGAAAAAUACCAGUUUUACAGCAUUGGUCUCUUCUUGUCCUGUUUGUACACUAUCCUCCUGUUUCCUAUUGGGUUUAUAGGCAACAUYCUAAUCCUGGUGGUAAACCUGAACCACAGAGACAAGAUGACCAUCCCUGAUCUCUACUUUGUUAAUUUGGCCGUGGCGGAUCUCAUCCUGGUGGCAGAUUCCCUCAUUGAGGUUUUCAACCUGAACGAGAAGUAUUACGACUACGCCAUCCUCUGCACCUUCAUGUCCCUGUUCCUGCAGAUCAACAUGUACAGCAGCAUCUUCUUCCUCACGUGGAUGAGCUUCGACAGAUACGUCGCGUUGGCCAGCUCCAUGAGCAGCAGCUCGCUGAGGACGAUGCAGCACGCCAAGCUCAGCUGCAGCCUGAUCUGGAUGGCCUCCAUCCUGGCCACCCUUCUCCCCUUCACAAUAGUCCAGACCCAACACAGRGGGGAAGUGCACUUCUGCUUUGCGAAUGUCUUUGAGAUUCAGUGGCUGGAGGUAACCAUUGGGUUUCUGGUGCCCUUCUCCAUCAUCGGCCUGUGCUACUCUCUGAUCGGGCGGAUCCUCGUGCGAUCCCAGAAGCAUCGYGGGUUGUGGCCACGGCGGCAGAAAGCCCUGCGCAUGAUCGUGGUGGUGGUUUUGGUGUUCUUCAUCUGUUGGCUGCCAGAGAACGUCUUCAUCAGCAUCCAGCUGCUGCAGGGCACCGCCAACCCGUCGCGGAGGACUGCCUCCGCCUUGUGGCACGACUAUCCGCUCACAGGCCACAUUGUUAACCUGGCAGCCUUUUCCAACAGCUGCCUUAACCCCAUUAUCUACAGCUUUCUAGGGGAAACCUUCAGGGACAAGCUGAGACUCUUUGUGAAAAAGAAAGCCAGCUCGUCAGUSGUGACCCACUUCUGCCACCAUGAUCUUGAUUUACAUCUCCCUGUCAGGGGUAACGUGUCAGAGGUCUGACUGCAAUGAGAAAACAACUCAAAAACUUCACUUUUUCAUAUCAAAUAUGAGUUCUCUUUCUCUGUUAUUCUGCUUUGAAUCAUCCAGUUGCACAAGUGUCAGACUUGCUCUCUUCAUGAACAAGAAACACAAAAGAUCCUACAAGACACUUUAAAAGAAAAAGGGAAAUCCAAUUAAUGUAUUUUUUAUUAGAUGAAUAAGUUAUUUUAAUGUCCUGUGCACAUUCAGUUGAACUUUUUUCUUUAUGUCUGGUGUGUUUUCUGUUCAAACGAAGCACAAGUGUCUACAUAAAAUGUCCUUCAGACUUAAGACUUCACAAAUCCAACCAGGUGAUCUAUCUGAUCCACAGGAAGGAUAAUUUCAGUCAAAAUAACACGUUCUUCCUAAAGUGAAAUACAAAAAUGGUC